AUAUUUUAAUAUAAAAAAAAUAAAGAAAAAGGCAAAAACUCCUUCCGAGGGUUCAUCUCCUCACUACGUCGCCGCCCUACUAUAUAAGUAUGUUUUCCUUCCCGGCUGCAAAACCAGGCUUUUAGGGUUUUUCCUCAAGAAGUUCAGAACGAUCCUAGAAUAGACGAGGUUAAAGAGACGGCUCGGAUUGCUGUCCGCCUUGACAAAGCACUUGCUUCGUCUUGGCCCUCAUUUUGCUGUGAUUAGGUUUAAUUUUUUCUAUUUAUUUUCCCCAAAUCUUAAGCUAGAUCUCUGUAUCAAUGGCGGUGAAACCAUCUAAGGCCGACAAGAAGAUAGCGUACGAUCAGAAGCUCUGCCAACUUCUGGACGAGUACAGUCAGAUUCUGGUGGCGGCGGCCGACAAUGUUGGGUCAAACCAGUUGCAGAACAUUCGGAAGGGUCUGCGCGGCGAUUCCAUUGUUCUGAUGGGGAAGAACACCAUGAUGAAGCGGUCCAUAAGGAUUCAUGCCGAGAACACUGGAAACAAGGCUUUUCUCAACCUCAUUCCUUUGCUCGUGGGAAAUGUUGGUUUGAUUUUCACCAAGGGGGAUUUGAAGGAGGUGCGCGAAGAGGUCGCAAAAUACAAGGUUGGAGCUCCUGCUCGUGUUGGGUUGAUAGCGCCGAUUGAUGUCGUUGUCCCACCUGGCAACACAGGACUUGAUCCUUCCCAGACCUCUUUCUUCCAGGUACUCAAUAUUCCAACCAAGAUUAACAAGGGUACUGUCGAAAUCAUCACCCCUGUGGAGCUUAUUAAGAAGGGUGACAAAGUGGGCUCUUCUGAGGCUGCCCUUCUUGCAAAGCUAGGAAUAAGGCCCUUUUCUUAUGGUCUUGUUAUCCAGUCUGUCUAUGAUGAUGGCUCAGUUUUUAACCCAGAGGUGCUUGACCUGACUGAAGACGACCUCGUUGAGAAGUUUGCUACUGGUGUCUCCAUGGUUACUGCACUUUCGUUGGCGAUCUCGUACCCAACCCUGGCUGCUGCAGUCCACAUGUUCAUCAAUGCCUACAAGAAUGUCCUGUCGGUUGCUCUUGAAACUGAGUAUUCAUAUCCCCAUGCAGAUAAAGUGAAGGAGUAUCUAGAGGAUCCUAGCAAGUUUGCAGUUGCUGACGCUCCAGUUGCGGCUGCUGAUUCUGGUGCUGCUGCUGCUGCUGCUGCUGCUACUGAGGAAAAGAAGGAAGAACCUGCCGAAGAGUCUGAUGAUGAUAUGGGCUUUGGUCUGUUUGACUAGGUUCCAUGUUUUAUUAUGAUACAACUCUUAUGCUUGAGUUGGGAUUUCAGACUGACGUUUUUUUCACUUGUGAUUUUCUAGUAUUAGUCCAGAUGAAUAUUGUUAUUUAAGACUUGAGUAGUUAUUAUGUGUUUUGAAUUAACUUGUUGAUUCACAUUCUGCAGAUUAUAUGAUCUACCCUUUUUU